AGAGAGUAGGCAAAAAAGCUCAGAAAAGGACUGAACCAAAAGAGGAAAAGAAAGAAAGAAAGGAAUAGUGGAAACAAAUUCUAGUCUACAAGUAGAAUCGACGUACAUAUAGAAAGAAAGAUUUAUGUGGGUUGAGAGUUGGAUUUGUAGAUGUGGGUGAGAGUUGGAUUUGAAUUUGAAUUUGGAUUUGAUCUACAAAUGAUCCGUUGUUGUUGUCGAAGAUCCAAAGAUUGGUGCAUUCUAGUGUAGUGUAGUGUAAGUGAACAUUGAGUUUUGAAUCAUGUGAGAGUUUUACAGAGCAAAUUGAUUGUUGAUUUGAGGGAAUUUUGCACCAAGAAGAGCCAAAUUGGUUCUGCAUUUUUCUUCAUAGAAACAUGAUAUAGGCAGUGGAUCGAAGGAGAGAGAUUGAGAAAGAUGGAGUCAAGAAUGGAUCAGUACGAGAUCAUGGAGCAGAUUGGUAGGGGAGCUUUCGGAGCUGCCAUUCUCGUCAAUCACAAGUCGGAGAAGAAGAAGUAUGUUUUAAAGAAAAUUCGGCUUGCUCGACAAACCGAACGGUGCCGGAGAUCUGCUCAUCAAGAGAUGGCUUUAAUAUCGCGGAUUAAACAUCCAUACAUUGUUGAAUAUAAGGAGGCGUGGGUAGAGAAGGGUUGCUAUGUUUGCAUUGUUACUGGAUACUGUGAAGGUGGAGACAUGGCGGAAUUGAUGAAAAAAUCAAAUGGGCAAUACUUUCCAGAAGAGAAACUUUGCAGAUGGUUCACUCAAUUACUAUUGGCAGUCGAAUAUCUACAUUCCAAUUUUGUUCUACACCGGGACCUAAAAUGUUCCAACAUCUUUCUUACCAAAGAACAGGAUGUUCGCCUUGGUGAUUUCGGCCUUGCUAAAACUUUGAAGGCAGAUGACUUGGCUUCUUCGGUAGUUGGAACUCCAAAUUACAUGUGUCCUGAACUUCUUGCCGAUAUCCCUUAUGGUUUUAAAUCAGAUAUUUGGUCCUUGGGUUGCUGUAUGUAUGAGAUGGCUGCUCAUCGCCCUGCAUUUAAAGCUUUCGACAUGGCAGGAUUGAUAAGCAAAAUAAACCGAUCUUCCAUUGGUCCUUUGCCGCCCUGUUACUCCCCGGCAUUGAAAACACUUAUCAAGAGCAUGCUAAGAAAGAACCCUGAGCAUCGGUCCAGUGCAUCCGAAAUCUUGAAGCACCCAUAUUUGCUGCCUUAUGUGGACCAAUACCGGCCAACUCUUAAUCCUCCCGCUGGCUGUUUCCCUGAAAAGCCACUUUCUACUGCCCAUGAUCGCCGGAAGAAUAUGGCUGAGAGCCAAAGUAGUAACAGUUCUUGUAGCGACAGAGAUAGUUUGGUCUCAAGUGAGAAAAACAUUCAGGUCAUGGUGUUCAAUUCUGAACAAAAAGCCACUGAUACAGAUUUGGCUUCUGUUGAGGAUGACGUUGGCUGUCAGCAGCUUCUGCUAAGUGAAGAACAUGGCGUUCGCAUGUGCACUUUCCAUAUGGAGGAACAAGAGGUGGUGAAACCUUUCCAAGAUGAGCAGAGAUCCAAUAGUGAAAAUAAGCAACCAAAAACCAUAAAAGGUAUUAUNAUUCGCAUGUGCACUUUCCAUAUGGAGGAACAAGAGGUGGUGAAACCUUUCCGAGAUGAGCAGAGAUCCAAUAGUGAAAAUAAGCAACCAAAAACCAUAAAAGGUAUUAUGAUGGCUCUUAAAGAAGGAAAAGCUAGAGAAAAUAGUUCCCCAAUGAGGGGCAACCACACAAAGGCUGGAACUGCAUGUACUGUCCAGAGAGCAAACACAGAAGCUUUGCCUAAAGUCUCAAAACCAACUGCUGUUACUCCUGGUUUGAAGGCUAAUGCUGAUAUACCAUCCCCUGCACCAAUCAGGGCUGGCUUUGAUUCCGCAAAAAGGACUCAGGGACUACAUACUCUAAAGCAUCAGUUACCCAUCAUUGACUCUUCUCCAAAGAGUAAACCUAGACUGGAUGGACUCCCUCCAUCUGGUCCCUUAAGACUGCUAAGACAAAAAACCCCUCCUAAUCCUGUCAGACGGUCAUCAUUUCCAGGACGGAUGAGGCAGGUAGGCCUAGAUACUCCAGAUAACAUGAACAAUAAUAUGAAGGUAGGCGUAAGUGAGACAACUCAGCAUCCUGGAAAGAGGUCUCCUGAUCCGUUGUCCAAUGGUUGCCACUCACGUGUUUCAAGGGAGAUCAUACAGGACUCUCAAAAGGCUGUUGUGGGAGCAUCGAAAGGAAUGCAGACAGAGAGCUGUAAUUCUGUUUCGUCUUCUGUGUCAAUUGAAAGAUUUGAACUUUGUGAUGAUGCGGCAAUUCCUGUUAAUCACUUCACAGAACAGAGACUUCCUGAUGGUGAGCAAUCCAGCCAAAGUGAAAGCCCAGAAUCAUGUCCAGCCAGCUGCUCAAUCGGUUCCUCUUUACACCUAGAGAUGCCUGAAGUUGUGUCCAGGGAAAACCAUGGACAUGGCAAUAAAUCUAUAUCAUGCUCAGUUGAGACCUCUGAGGUGCACCAAGAUGUUCAGAAUAAGAAUGCAGGUACCGGUAACGGGAGCAUGAACUCAGGUGUAUCUUCAGAUGUACCAUACCAAAGUCUGGACGAAAUAGUUGUUUGUAAGGAUGAUGCACCAACAAGUAGGCCUAGUAGUAGGUCUGACAUUGUGUUCCAGUCAAACCUAGCUUCUACAUCCAGUGGUGAUGACAAAUUUACUGUGAAGGAACUUCUAUCAUCAGUAACUGAGACUACCUCUCCCACAGUCCCUUAUGCUCCGUCUGGCCAAAAGAAUUUGCUGUCAGAGAGGGGAAUCGUUUUGCAAAAUCCAACAGUAGAAAAACCAGUUGCUGCCCAUCUCUCACCGGUUUUUGAUGAUGUCAUACAUGUUAUACGACACAGUAGUUUCCGAGUUGGGAGUGAACAGCCAGUAAUAGACGCAGCGGAGAAAAAUGUGGAUGUUGGGAAGCUGAUAACUGUAGUAAGGGACGAGCUGGAGAUUAAAAAUCUAGCCACCCCUGGACCUCUGAUAUCACCUAGUUGCUCUGAAACCAUGACUCUGAAAUCAAAUGUUUCUGAUAAUCCUGGUAUUAAAGAAGCAGAGGUGAGCAACCCCACAUCCUUGAUUCCGAAAUUUAAUUCUUCAGAGCCAGCGAAACCUAGUUCUCCUCCGAAACAGGAGGAAAACCCAACAAAGGAAACUUUAGACGUCAACUCUUGCAGGCAGAGGGCAGAGGCGCUUGAAGGGCUAUUAGAAUUGUCUGCUGACUUGCUUCAGCAAAAUAGACUGGAAGAGCUCGGGGUUGUUUUGAAACCUUUUGGAAAAGAUAAAGUCUCCCCAAGGGAGACAGCUAUCUGGUUGGCAAAAAGUCUUAAAGGAAUGAUGCUUGAGGAUUCUGGACGGAGUUCGUGA